AUGGAUUUUAUAAUCGACACCGCUGGUGACGAUGAUCUGCAGCUGAAGGAUGAGUUAUUUGAAAAAAAUGAUAAACCUUAUUUUAUAGAAAAAGAAGAAACCACAAAGGCAAUACUUCAACUGUUUGAUAAAAAGAAACAAGAACUCGAUGCCCAAAAAGAUGCAGAGGAAGAAAUACAGAAAAAGUUAAAAAGCAUUAAACUAGACAGCCAAUUUGAGGAUUUCUUUUCAGAUAUGAAUUGGACACAGUCCCUUAUUAAAAAUAAAGGAAAUAAAUUGAAAUUUCACUUUGACCAACUAGACACUGAAACUGGCCAGUUAAAAUCUAAAAUUGGAGUUGUAGAUGUGGAAAAAGAAAUGAAAACAUCUGUCUUAAAGCCUGGUUUGGAAAAACAACACAGCUUACCAAAGUAUCAUGUUAAUAAACACCAACUGAAAGCAAUGCGAAAGAGGGAACGCGAGAAGACGAAAGGCUCACAGUGGUUUAAUUUACCAGCUCCUGAAGUGACAAAAGAUCUUAAGAAUGACCUGCAAGUGCUCAAGAUGAGAUCAGCAUUAGAUCCGAAACAUUUCUAUAAGAAGAAUGACAUGAAAGUUUUACCCAAAUACUUUCAGGUUGGCCGAAUCAUGGAUUCUCCACUUGAUCAUGUCAAUGAACGUGUAACAAGAAAGCAACGAAAGAGGACCAUGGUAGAAGAACUCCUGGCUGAUGCUGAAUUCCAAAAAUACAAUAAAAAGAAAUACAAGGAAAUCAUUGAUGAGAAGAAAAAGACAGAAUACAGAACGUUCAUGAGAGACAAGAGACAAAAAAAUAAAGCAGAAUUAAAGAAAAAUAAGUUAAAAACUAAGAAUACUAAAACUAAAAAAUCUAGUAGUCAAUAAAAAGUUGGUUAU